UUACCUCUAGAGUCUAGGCUAUUGUUAUACUAGAUCUGUGGUUAACAAUAAAAAAUCAAGUAAUUUAAUUCGAAAUUUAAAAUCAGGGGAUAUUGACCCCGAGCAUACUGCAAAUGCAAAAUACAAGGUCCUUCAGCAACAUUGUUCAACUUCGACUACCUGCUUGGCGGGUUUAAGGUCCAUGGACGUGGCAUAAUUAAGAAUGAAAAACGCAUUUAAAUUUCUCUUUGUGUUUCUAUGUAUCAUUAUCACCGAAACUGCAAUAACUAAUAAAUCAAAAAAUGUUUUGAUACUCCUAGCGGAUGAUGGAGGAUUUGAACUCGGAGCAUAUGGAAACAAAAUCUGCCAAACCCCAAACAUAGAUGCUCUUGCACGCCAAAGUGUCCUAUUCGACAAUGCCUUCACAUCUGUGAGCAGCUGCUCUCCUAGUCGUGCAGCACUUCUAACGGGUCGGCCGAGCCACCAGAAUGGCAUGUACGGGUUGCAUCAUGGAGUGCAUCACUUCAACUCAUUUGAAAAUGUUACAAGCUUGCCCAAUCUGCUCCGCGAGCAUGGAAUAUUUACUGGUAUAAUUGGCAAAAAGCAUGUGGGGCCAAGCAGCGUUUACAAGUUUGAUUAUGAGCAGACAGAAGAAAACAAUCAUAUCAAUCAAGUGGGGAGAAAUAUUACUCAUAUAAAGAUGUUAUCAAAAGAAUUCCUUCAUCGGGCAAAUGAGAUGAACAAGCCAUUUUUUCUGUAUGUGGCGUUCCACGACCCGCAUCGCUGCGGCCACAGUGAGAUCGAGUAUGGCGCGUUCUGUGAGCGCUGGGGGUCGGGCGAGGUCGGUGCCGGUCUCAUCCCUGACUGGAAGCCCUGGUACUACCAGUGGGACGAGGUGGCUCUGCCUUAUCACGUACAGGACACGGAAGCGGCCAGAAGAGAUAUUGCAGCGCAAUACACCACCAUGUCUAGGCUCGAUCAAGGCGUCGCCUUGGUGCUCGAGGAGUUGGAGGCUUCGGGCCACAAGGAGGACACUCUGGUGCUGUACUCGUCCGACAACGGCAUUCCGUUCCCCUCGGGCCGCACCAAUCUGUACGACUCGGGCUUACGGGAACCGCUGCUCAUCUCUUCACCGGAGCCGAGCGCCAGAAGGAACGAGGUCUCCCACGCCACGGUCAGCUCGUUGGACGUCUUUCCCACCGUGCUGGACUGGUUCGGCAUCCCGGCCGAGGGGCCGUCUAGCAACGACAUCUGGUCCGCCGACGCCCCGAAGUCUCUGCUGCCGAUUUUGGAAAAGGAGCCCGCCGGCCGCGACGACGAGGCGGCCUUCGCGUCGCAGACGCACCACGAGAUCACCAUGUACUACCCGAUGCGGGCGGUGCGCACGCGCUCGCACAAGUUGAUCCACAACCUCAACUUCGCGAUGCCGUUCCCCAUCGAUCAGGACCUGUACGCGUCGGCGACCUUCCAAGAUAUCUUGAACCGCACCCGCGCCCGUCAGCCGCUGCCUUGGUACAAGACGCUGAAGCGCCACUACUACCGGCCGCAGUGGGAGCUGUACGACGUGCGCGCCGACCCCGCCGAGCUUCGAAACCUGCACGGCAAGCCGACGCUGGCCGCCCUCGAAGCCACGCUGCGGGAGCGCCUUCGCGCCUGGCAGAGGCGCACGGGCGACCCGUGGCUGUGCGCGCCCGACGCCGUGCUCGUGCGCACGCCCGCCUCGCCCGACGACGUCUGCUCCGCCCUCGACAACGGGCUCGCCGCCUACUUGCACUGACCCAGUCUUAAUAAUAUUCAUUCGAUUCACUUAGGUUUGUCGAACCGAUGCGACUUCGAGGCCUUCGAGAAAGGUCCCCGUCGGGGCAGGAGUCCAUUUAUGCAAAGGCCUGAUUGUUUGCUUCUUUUUUUAUGAUUUUCCAUAAGUUCCUCGUUUCAACUCGCCACCGUGGCAUUUCAUUUAAAAGUUAUUUUUUGUCUAAAUAAUAAAAAACUCUAUCAGUUG